AUGGGGAUCACCCGCGCGCACAUCGUCAAAAACGACUCCCUGGAGGACAGGCUGGGCGACUACGUCGGCGGCAAGCCCAGGCGCGCCUCGUUGGGGGCGGCGUCGAAGCACUCGUCGCGCCUCGUGGCGGCGCUCACCUGCCUCCAGCUCGCCUUCGCCAUCUACGCCACCUUCCUGCUCUACUACAUGAGCCCCGCCGUGGACCUCCGCGCCAAGCCCGACUUCGCCUGGGCCACCCGCAUCGCGCAGCGCUGGAAGCAGACCAUCAUGUCCGACGGCGGCGGCGACCCGCUGUUGUCGCCGCUCCAGGUGUGCGAGCACGAGAGCAUCGAGUUCGAGCAGAAGAAGUCCACCGACGCGCUCAUGAUCCGCCUCAAGCGCGAGCUCUACGACGACGUGCUCGCCUUCCAGCGCCGCUCCUUCGCCGCCGAGACGCUCCCCGAGCUCCUCCGCAUGCGCUCCCGCUGGCCCUCGUCGCCGCCGUCCGACGAGGCGGGCCGGCCGCGGGUCACCGUCAUCCUCAACCACUUCAAGCGCCGCACGCUGUGCGCGCAGCUCGACACGCUGCGGCGGCAGACGCUGCCGUUCCACCGCGCCUGGGUGCUCGCCUUCGGGAGCCCCAACGAGGCCUCGCUCCGGCGCAUCGUCGAGAGCUACAACGACUCCCGCGUCAGCUUCGUCGCCUCCGGCUACGACUUCAAGUACUACGGCCGCUUCCAGAUGGCGCUGCAGGCCGAGUCCGACUUCGUCUACGUCCUCGACGACGACAUGAUACCCGGCACCCGCAUGCUCGAGAUCCUCUGCCACGUCGCCGGCACCGACAAGUACCGCAACGCCGUGCUCGGCAGCAUCGGCCGCAUCCUCCCCUUCCGGGCCAAGGACUUCACCUUCCCGAGCUACCGCAAGUUCCGCUCCACGCCCUUCACCUUCAUGACCGGCGAGGACCUCCACCUCAGCUACCAGCUGCAGAAGUACAUGGGCGCCGGCUCCUUCGUGCUCCCCGUCGACCCCAAAGACAAGGAGACGUGGGGGGACAGCGAGCACCGUCUGGCCUACGUCUCCGAGACGACGGUCAUCUUUAAGGACAUCGUGACCGUGCGGGACGAGCAGUGGUGGCGCGCGCUCACCUCCGGCUACGUCACCCAGUGGGCGGCCAUGAACCCGCAGAAGGUGGACGCGCUCUUCUACGCGCACUCCCUCGGCGAGGUCAGGGCGCUGGCGCCGCUGCUCGAGAAGUUCCGCACCACCGCCGGCCGGAAGGCGUACCUCGUCGUGUCCGGAGGCGGGCACUGCCCCUGCGAGGAGGCCGCGGCCGUGCUCAAGUGGCCCAAGGUGGUGUGCAAGGAGCGGCGGUUCAAGGUGUUCGACUUGGCCCUCGGUGCGCUCUCCGGCCCGUCCCAUUCCGAGGUGCCCGUGCUGCAGGCCGUCUACUCCAGCAUGCGCGGCCUCGUCCGGAUGCACAACCCCAGCGUCAUCGUCGCCGUGGCCGACGUCGACGGUAAGGUCAAGGACGCGCUCCGCAUGGCCGCCGAAGCCGCCGUCAACCAAACCGCACUCGUCCUCCUCCCCAGAAAGACCAUCCCCAAGGUGCUCUGGAUGGCCACCCUCCGCCCUGCCUCACUCCCAAACUGGAACAAGAUGAGGAUUUCGGUGAACAUCAUCACGCAGACGCGCGCGGGGUCCCUGGGGCGGCUGCUGAGCUCGCUGAAGAACGCCUACUACCUCGGCGACGAGGUGCCCAUCAGCUUCAACAUGGACAGCAAGGUGGACGCGGCGACGCUCAACGCGGUGAACGCCUUCGCCUGGCCGCACGGUGGCAAGACGCUACGCCGCCGCAUCAUCCAGGGCGGCCUCAUCCGCGCCGUCAGCGAGAGCUGGUACCCGGCCUCCGACGACGACUACGGCCUCCUCCUCGAGGACGACAUCGAGGUGUCCCCCUACUACUACCUCUGGGUCAAGUACGCGCUGCUCGCCUACCGCUACGACCCCACCGUCUCCCUCCCGGAGCUCUCCUCCAUCUCCCUCUACACGCCCCGCCUCGUCGAGGUCACCAAGGAGCGGCCGCGCUGGAACGCCACCGCCUUCUUCGGCGCCACCAAGCACGGCGCCAACACCCCCUACCUCCACCAGCUCCCCUGCAGCUGGGGCGCCGUCUUCUUCCCCAAGCACUGGCGCGAGUUCUACGCCUACAUGGCCGCGCGCUUCACCGAGGACGCCAAGACCAACCCCGUGCAGAUCCCGAGGUCGCGCACCAACGGCUGGCAGGCGUCCUGGAAGAAGUUCCUCAUCGACAUGAUGUACCUGCGCGGCUACGUCAGCCUCUACCCCAACUUCCCCAACCAGACCAGCUUCUCCACCAACCACAUGGAGCCCGGCGCCCACAUCAGCGCCAAGGACAACAAGCUCAAGCACGACAAGGGCGACUUCGAGGUCCCGCUCGUCGCCGACGACUUCGCGCCGCUGCUGCCGGCCGGCAAGAUGCCGCCCGCGUCCAAGCUGCCCGUGCUCAACCUCUUCAACCAGCCCGUGUCCAUCAAGGGGCUCAAGGCCGCCGGGGCCAAGCUCCGGCAGGACGUCCUCAGCUGCGUCGCCACCCAGCUCGUCUCCGUUGACCACGUCACCGGCUUGCCCAAAAACUGCACCGCCUUCUGA